GCAUCGAAAACGUCUCUGCCAGUCAGAGAACAUGUUCAGAAUCACUGUCGUUCUGCUGCUCUGCGCGGCAAUCUUCUGCGUGCAGAUGCCGGACAUCUUCGAAGGCUGCGUCCGUUACAACCACAAGCACGAAGAGCCACAAAAGUGCACCUUUCAGCCGCGCCGACGCAUCCGUGGCAAUGCGAGUUUCAGGUACUUUGCUCACCUGGCACUCAAGGACGGCAACAUCCAACCCCCGUCUGGCCAUCUGAACACACUCCUGAGGCUCACUCGCGUGGCGACCCAGAACUACAGGAGUUUGCAAAACUUCAGCGUCCGUCUGGAAUUCAGAACCACUCCAAGCACUUGCGUCAUCCCGCAAGUCUACGACCCUCACAUGUGCCUUCCACUGGAGGGAAAGGCAAAUGGGCUGUGCCAGGCGAGGUUCCAGAAGCAUGCCGCUCAGCUUGUCCUGCUGAACGCUUGGUGCAAGCCGCGAAAAUAGGCA